AUGACUGACGGUGACAAGCCCAAAUUUGGAGGAGAAGUUAAAGUAGUCAAGCUCUCUGAUGCUGCAGAACCUCUCAUUAUCGACUCUAAGCGUCGCGAGAAACUGCUUCAAUCCAAGAAGAAGCUUCUCAAAUACAAGGGCAAUAGCACCAAACUUAUUUACGACGACGACGGCGUGGCGCAUGAAGUCUACGAAUUGCAAGACGAGGACAAAUUCCGAGCUGGCGGAGAUGCACAAACCCAGCGAGCCAAAUUCUUGGAAACAGAAGCAGAGAGGAACCGGAUGGCGGAUAUCGAGGACAAGGAGCUCGCGAAACAGAAGAAGCGGGAGAAGAAGGAGAAACGAAAGGCAAAGGAGCGAGCAUUGGCCGAGGGAGAGGAUGGUGUGGCUGUUUUGGCUGGUGACGAAGAAUUUAUUGAUCCUUUCCAGUCAAAUGGCAGCGGCGCUGAGAGUGAGGCUGAUGAGGAGAUGCCAAAACUCAGCAAAGGCAUGAAACAUGUUUCUGUUGAGGAAGAGGAGGAGAAUGAUUCUCGCAAGAGUAAGCGGUCUAAGAAAUCUCACAAGACGGAAUCCAAAGAGCCUCUUGAAGUCAAUACCUUGGAAGAUCUGGAGGCAUUGGCGACAGGACUUUUGGGAUAG